AUGGAAAAAAACAACAAAACAUCCUCAAACUUCUCAAUUUGUAGAAAAAUCCGUCAAGUACUUGCAACCAAUCUUUCUUUCAAAACCGUUCUUCAAAUGAAACAACAAAAUCAAGAACCUAAGCCACAACAAAUGAAGAUAGUUAACAUAGAAGGAGGAAGUGGAGGAGGAACAAUCCCUAUCACAUUUGAUUAUUCAAUGGUAAAUGGAAAUGCUUCUAAAAUUGCUUCGCCACAUGUUGGAAUAUUCGAAAGAAAAGGCGAGUUGGUUACUGAUCAGAAGUUGGCCCAGUCCGAAACAGUUAUCAGAGACGACCAACGUAAUAUAAAUACUAAGAAAAAGAUGAUAGGUGAGAAUUAUAAUGGGAAACCUUUGAAGGCUGGAUUGGUGAACUUGGAGAAACAAGGUAAGAAAUCAUUAGAUAUUAAUGAUGCUUUUGGUGAGCACAUUAAAAUUACUAAUAGUAGAAUUGGAAUUGUGCCCAACAUUGGUAAGGGACAGAAGAACCAUGUUAAAGAUGAGGGUAAUUCUUUUCACAAGAUGGAAAAUCUGAAUGACCGUUUUUCAGAUUUUAUUAAUGAAGCUAAGAAGAGAAUAAGCACAACAUAA